AUGAGGCAUGUAUCCCUGCACUGCCUGAGGGGUGUGUCCCUGCUCCUGCUGCUCCAGGCAGCCACUUCCAUGGUGAUGCUUCCUAACUCCACAGGCUGGCAGCAGAUUCUGGACAAGUAUCUGGAUGAAGACGGGGACUGGUGGGAGGCCAAGCAGAGAGGGAAGAGAGCCAUCACUGACAGUGAUGCUCAGCUCAUCCUGGAUCUUCACAACAAGCUCAGAGGCCAGGUCUACCCUCCUGCUUCCAACAUGGAGUACAUGGUGUGGGACACAGAGUUGGAGCGUACAGCGGAGGAGUGGGCUGAGACCUGUUUGUGGGAGCAUGGUCCUGCUGGACUACUGCCACAGAUUGGACAGAACCUGGGAGCGCACUGGGGAAGGUAUCGUCCACCCACAUUCCAUGUGCAGGCCUGGUAUGAUGAAGUGAAAGACUACACCUUCCCUUACCCUCAGGAGUGUAACCCCUACUGCCCCUUCAGAUGCUCUGGCCCAGUUUGCACUCAUUACACACAGCUGGUGUGGGCCACCAGCAGUCGGAUCGGCUGUGCCAUCAACUUGUGUUACAACAUGAAUGUGUGGGGACAGAUUUGGGCCAAAGCUGUCUAUCUUGUCUGCAACUACUCACCAAAGGGAAACUGGUGGGGCCAUGCACCUUACAAACAUGGCACCCCAUGCUCUGCCUGUCCCCCCAGCUAUGGAGGUGGCUGCAAGGACAACCUCUGCUACAAAGAUGACAGUUCCUACCCUCCACAAGAGGAAACGGAAGAAAACAACUUCAUCGAGCAAGAGGCCCCCCGUACACCUCAAAAGCCCCGGUCCCGGGCCUCAAAAUUCGAGCCUCCCAGUCUCCCUGCCCCAGCUCCCACCAAGCCCCCCACAGAGGACCUGCAGAAGAAUGAGGUGGUCAACACACAGCAGAUGUCUCAGCUUGUGACCUGUGACACUAAACUUCGAGAUCAGUGUAAAGGAACACCGUGCAAUAGAUAUGAGUGUCCUGCUGGUUGCCUGGAUGCUACAGGAAAAGUAGUUGGAACAGUACACUAUGAAAUGCAAUCCAGUGUGUGCAGAGCUGGUCUACAUGCUGGUGUCAUAGACAAUGAUGGAGGAUGGAUGGAUGUAACAAGACAAGGCAGAAAGGACUUCUUCAUCAAAUCCAACAAGAACGGAGUCCAGUCUUUAGGAAAAUAUCAAAGCGCUAAUUCCUUCACAGUUUCCAGAGUCGCAGUCAAAGCCAUCACAUGUGAGACCACAGUUGCACAGCUGUGUGCUUACCAAAAGCCCGCAAAACACUGCCCAAGGUUAUACUGCCCGAGAAACUGUUUAGAGGAGAACCCUCACAUAUCCAGAGUAAUUGGCACCAGAAUAUACUCUGAUAAGUCCAGUAUAUGCCGGGCAGCAGUCCACGCCGGAGUCAUCAGGAACGAUGUGGGUGGUUACAUUGAUGUGAUGCCAGUGGACAAACGAAAACACUACAUUGCUUCGUACCAAAAUGGCAUUUUCUCAGAGAGCCUUCAAAACCCUCCUGGAGGGAAGGCGUUCCGCGUCUUCGCUGUGAUUUGAGUGCCCCAGAGGGUGGCUUCACCAAACACAAAGUGCACUUGGGCUGUUGAAUAGGCGGUAAUCAAGCCCUGUUGUCAAACUCAAUGAGUGAAAUGUUUCUGGCUUUGCUACACUCCAGGGGUUAGGGGUCGUCUCCAUGACAGUGUAAACCCAGCAACAAAAACUUGACACAUACACAAUAAGGACCUGUUUCUACUCUCUUGCAUGGAGUUUUAAUUUUUCUCAUACUUAGCGGGAAAUUUUUACAAACUGUAAAUAUCUCUGAAUGGUUUGCGACAGUAAUAUUUUGUUGUACAUAUCUGUUAAUAGUAUUACACACAUUUUGUCUUUGUGCCAUUGUCUUGCCUUUUUAACAAAUAGCUUUGUAUGAAUACUAUACUGAUUAUAGAAAUCCUACGAUACAACAUUAUAAUGGCACUUAAGGAUGAAUAUCGUUUUUAUUGUCUGGCACAUUUUUACUGGUGCUCUGGAGAGGUGUCUUGUCAUAUUUUGUACUUUUUUUAAUGAUUGGAGAACAGAUUGUAAUACAUUUAUUUUUAUAUGAUUAUGCUUUACAUCGGUAUGAUUUAUAAAGGAUGCUGCUAUAUGUUUUUUUUUUUUGUAUUGUUAUUGUAAUUGCCAGUGUGAUGGGGUAUUAUUUUUUUUUCUUUUUGCAGAUAAUGUGGUUUAGUUAAAACUCCCUGCAGGUCAGGAAGUACACACAUCCCUCAGAGCUGUCAUUCUCUAAACAAAACCAAUGUGCCUGACUUCAUCAUGCAUGCAUUGCAUUUCACUGAAUGCCGCUACCCCAAAGUUUAUUUUCAGGUCAUAUCCAUUCAUCUCCCUUUGACAUUGAUAAACAGAAACAAUACCAUGCAACAGUUUUAUUUUAUGCAG